UCCAGAAGGUGGCAGCACUGCAGCAUAACCACAGAAGAAGAAGAAGAAGAAGAGGUGCAAUGCAUGCUGGGAUACCUGUCAUGGCGGGCUGAUUCGAAGAGGAGGCUGACGCGAGCAGGACGAUGCAGAGGACGCUGUCCAGCUUGUCUCUGAGUCCCAGUGUGAAGAUUAAACUGGUCGCUGCUGGUUUCCAGUUCACCUCCGAUCUGCUGCCACUGAAACCGCUGCAGCUCAGCAAAGAGGCCAGUCUGUCCCAGCUCGAGGCGCUGGAGGUGCUGCAGACUGUGAGGAGAGAAGAAGGAGGAGAUGAAGGAGGAGGAGGAGGCGGGUUAGCCUCUCUAACAGCUCUGGAGCUCCUACAGAAGGAGGAAGAGUUGAAGAGCAUCGUGACGUUCUCCUCUCAGCUGGAUGCUGCUCUCGGAGGAGGACUUCCUGUCGGGAAAACAACAGAAAUCUGUGGAGCUCCAGGAGUCGGAAAAACACAACUAUGCCUGCAGCUAGCGGUGGACGUUCAGGUACCUCAGUGUUUCGGGGGCAUCGGUGGUCAGGUGCUCUACAUCGAUACUGAGGGCAGCUUCCUGCUUCAGAGAGUCGUCGAUAUUGCGGCCGCCGUCGUCCAACACUGCUCCUUAUUGGUCGAAGACGAUGAGCAGCGAGUCGCCAUGACGACCUUUACUGUGGAAACUAUCCUGGCCAACAUGUUCCUGGUGCGUUGCCACGACUACGUGGAGCUGCUCGCAGAGCUCCACCUGCUGCCUGACUUCCUGUCUGAACACCCGAAGGUCCGCCUCCUGGUGAUUGACAGCGUGGCGUUCCCGUUCCGGCAGCACUUUGACGAGAUGUCUCGGAGGACACGCCUCCUCAACGGCCUCGCCCAGCAGCUCAUUGCCAUGGCAACCGGUCAUGACAUGGCCGUGUUGAUGACGAACCAGAUGACCACCCGUCUGCAGGGUGGCCAAUCGCAGCAGGUCCCCGCCCUCGGAGAAAGCUGGGGACACGCCCCCACAAUCAGGAUCCUCCUACAUUGGGCGGGGUCACGGCGGCUGGCGGCCAUCUUUAAAUCCCCAGAUCACAUGGGGUCCACCGUCCAAUACCAGAUAACCUCCGAGGGGUUCAGAGAUGUCGACCAAUCGGAGCAGCCGCCCAGCAAACGACCCCGGACGCAUACCGACCAAUCGGCGGCGAGCCGGGGAGACGCCAGCCUCUGAUUGGCCGGAGACCCAAGCACAAGUUACUUUGAAGAACACAUCGAGAACUGAAGAAGUGACUCCACAUGUUCUGUAAUAUUUGUGAAUGUAAAUAAAGUAAACAAACACAGAAACAUGAGAUCCAGUGAAAAGUAAACAACGGUUUUAAAUUGUAGG